GCUAAAUUGACUUUUGUCCAUUUUAUCUUUCCAUCCCCCUUUUUCUUCGGUUUCUUCCCGUUUCCGUUUUCUAUUUCCAUUUCUAACACGUGAGAUUCAACUCGAUCUCAUCUCAACAUCUCAAAAAACUCAAAUACUCAACACAAACGUCUCCCAUUACAACAAAAAAAAGGGCUGUCUAAGCUGUAUAAUGGCCUCGCUGGUCCGAGGUAGCCAGCGGAUUGGGCGGAUAUAGAAUAUAUACCAAGUGUUAUAAAGAUAAUUAUAACUUGAACGUUUACUAAAACAAUGUCGGGCCGCGUCAUUCCCAUGGCCUUUCACACGCUGCUCCUCUUGGCUCUACACCAGUUCCUCAUCUUGCCUGUCGUCGCAUACACCGCGCUAUCGGAUCACUUCCUUAAUCUAGUGCCUUCCGGAGGCGAUGAUUUCAAUAUUGAGAAUGGCAAACUCUUGGCACCCAUCUUGAUUCCACGUGUCCCGGGCACUGCCGGUCAGACAACCGCACAGCAGCAUUUCGUCAAUUUCUUUACCAACGAAUUGCCGGAAUGGAAGAUGGAAUGGUUUAAUUCGACGUCCAGGACGCCGGCUACGGGUAAUAAGCAGAUCCCGUUUGCGAAUUUGCUGUUCAAGAGGGAGCCGCCGUGGGUUCGGGAAGGGCAGUCAAAUCUACUGACGCUCGUGGCUCAUUACGAUAGCAAAAUGACCCCUGAAGGAUUUAUCGGCGCCACAGACAGCGCUGCGCCUUGUGCCAUCUUGAUGCACGUUGCCAGGGAGAUUGAUCGAUUUGUCACUCAAAUGCAUAGUGAGAUGUCUGCGCUUGGUGAAGGUGGGACCGUCGAGAUGGACAUGGGCGUGCAAAUACUCUUGCUUGAUGGAGAGGAAGCGUUUGUGAGUUGGACAGAAACUGACUCACUGUAUGGAGCGCGAGCUUUGGCCGAGCAAUGGGAGAUGUCAGCUCACCCGGCCAAGUCCUUCUACCGUAACCCGUUAGAUCAGAUUAGCAUGUUUGUGUUGCUAGAUCUUUUGGGAGAAGCUAACCCCACGGUGCCGUCGUUGUUUCUACCGACGCACUGGGCAUAUAAGUCGAUGGCCAAGAUCGAGGAUAGAAUGCGCAAACUUGGGCUCCUCGAGUCGACCCCAAAGCACAACUUUCUCCCCGACGCAGAGAAGCAGGCGAGCGCUUUUCACAAAAGCCAUAUUGAAGACGACCACAAGCCAUUCAUGUUUCGGGGUGUACCGAUCUUGCACUUGAUUACGUCUCCUUUUCCGGAUGUGUGGCAUAAGAUUACGGAUGACGGCGAGCACUUGGACAUGCCGACUGUACGCGACUGGUCUAAAAUAGUAACAGCGUUUGCGCUCGAGUGGUUAGAUAUGAUGGAGGUCGAGCCCAAGGAAGACUCAGGAGCUUCCACAUGAGGUAUGGUUUAGUGAUGUAGGACUUCAUAUCUCACUUACAUAGGGAUAGCGUUCGGCUUGGAGUUUAUGGAAUGAAAUAUUUGAUUAUGGGUUGAGUGUUAAAAAGAACGUCUUUUGAGUGCUAUGGACUGCAUGGAUAACUUGAGUUUUAUAUCGUGGUUUUUUUCCUCUCGGAAUUUCUUCGAAGACUAGCAUUACGCCUCUUGACGACGUAUACUCUCUAAGGUUAGAUGUCUUGGGCUUAGAAAAUAUUUAGUCCAUUCGUCCAAUAAUACAUCAUCUUCAAGUCG